AUGACUACCGAGAACGAAGAGCCCCAAUCGCAUCAAAAGCAGACCGUUCCAAUGCCGACGGAAAAGGACAAGUCAUCGGUCUCAACCCCUGCAGCCGCCGUUCAGAAGGGCCUGCCGGCACUCAAAACACCUGAGUCGAACAUUCGCCCGGUCAUUUUGGAGGUUGCUCGUCCACGGCGUCAUCGAAAGAAGACACGACCCGCCCAGGCCACAAAGGGGUCUUCCUCAUUGUUUGCCUCUAAGAGCGGAAACUCCACGGACUCCUCAGACAAGCCCCUUGCAAGGUCCCAGAGCAGUACUCAAACCCGCAAUGCCCGCUCCAGCAAGUCAGCGGAGUCUUCCGCAUCCCAACCAUCCAAGGCUGGCAAGGCCUCCCGCUCCCAGUCCGCCCGACCAUCCAAGGCUGGUAAGUCUUCCCAGAAAGCGAAAGCUCACAAGUCGACGUCGAAAGGGAAGCAACCAGAAGAACCGAAGAAGCCGAAAUUCGACGGCCGCUUAGUCCGCUCCGUCACGGCCAGCUGCGGCUGCUUGUACAUGGUCGAGUGCAGAAAGAGCUUGUACCCUUCACACAACGACCUCCACGAAGCGGGCUUCCCCUUGAAAGGUCGCUGUCAGCGGUGCCACGUCCUUGUUACUGAGAUCCGGAUCAAUGAGGAGAACGGGAAGGCGGAGGUUACGGAGAUUGUUCUGCCUGGUGGUGGGGAGGAGAGAAGGCAUGGUGGUUUCGAGGACGUGCAGGAGGCGGUGGAUAUUCACAUUGAUGAUGAUGAUGAGGACAAGGAUGAGUCUGAUCAUGGGGAGUCGUCUUUUGAAGCUGCAUCGCAGUUGUAG